AUGGAUUAUAGCGGUACUGUAUAUAGGCGCGGUUAUCGUGGGGCGGUUAUCGUGGUACCACCAGUUCACUGCGGUUGCUAUCGGUCAGCACUGUGCUGCUCGGGCCGUAACCUUACCUGUAUAGCUAUCGAAGACGGUAUCAGUGAGGAGCUGCGCUUGAUGAUGAUGUCGAAGAGGAAAAGCAAUCAUCUGCACCGGCGACGAGGGGGAAAAGCAUCAGAUAUUCGCCGACAUCCAGCAGUCUAUGAUACCCGAAUGAAUCGAAUUGGCAAGCUGAUUUUACCGGAUCUGGUUGCGCUCGACGACAACUCAGUCCUCCAGCUUCUCAGCAGACACCGUGAUGCAUUAUCCUCGGAUUACUUGAGUGAUCGAGGAGAACCGCUGCAAGCGAUACAGCUGACAAACAGCAGUAGUAGUACAACGGUACCAACAACUGCCUACCGUCAGCUUAUCUUUGGCGAAGCAUUUCACAGUAGCGAACCGGAAAUUACACGUUACUAUCGUCAUCACAAGCUUAUUCGGUAUUCGGUGCUAAAUCAGCUCAUUCCACUAAUUAUCAAAGAUUCACGAGAGGGCAAAAAAUUACGUGGAUAUGGUGGCUCAAAAAUAGCAUUCCUGGAAAAGAAUGGCGCUCACGACAGUAUAUGCUUUUGUGACGAAAAAUGUAUUGCAUUCGGUGACUGUUGCACUGAUUACACUUUCGUGUGUCCACCUUCUGAUUGUUUCGUAACGGAAUGGUCGACGUGGUCAUCUUGCCUUCCGGAUCGCGAAGCUUGUGGAAUCGGGGUCAGAACUCGAAAACGGACGAUAGUAAGAAAAGCAGAACGUGGAGGGAAGGAAUGUCAGCCACUCGUUGAAAAAAUGAGUUGUUUUAAGGAGUGCCAAGAACAACAACAACAGCGUGGACUUACGACGGUGGCACUGAUCAUAGAUUACGCAUACAACAGGUCACGUGAAGAUAAGCCAGAUGAAUACAGUCAGAACAGGAAAAUGCUUUAUUAUUGCGUGACCUAUCAGCUUGGUUGGGUAAAUCAGAACUGCGUCGAUCCGAAGAUCACUGCUAAGCUGCACAGGAGCAACAGCAUCUGCGCGGAGUGUCAACCGGAAGCUCGGACACAUCGGCCUACAGCAACCUGUGCUUCGGAAUUGAAAGACGGAGAAACUGGUUUCUGGAAAUUAAUUGGACCAAAAUCCUGUAAUGGCAUCUGGAAAAGGAUAUCCAGGACCGAUCACUGUCGAUGCGAAGUGGACUUCCCGAAGCAGGAUGCAUUUUUGCUUGUUUGA